AUGCCGACAGAUGAUGCUGUCGUAGCCUCAAAGCAGGCCCAGCAGAAGCAAGGACCAACGCUACUCCCGUCGCCCGUUGCCCAGGCCGUUAGCCUUGCUGCUCGAUCGACGUCGCUUGCCAUACGCAUUGGGUCGGUGGUCAGCAAUGCCAGCCUCGAUGCUGCCAGACUGACAACCCUGGGUGGCCUCGGGCUGGCCCGGGGCUUGAUCGAAGGCGUAAUGAGCCGCGCCGCCAAAGACACCAUUGAACAAUCGAGAACCGAUCUCGCCGUUCAGGAUGCAGAGACGGUCCUGGAGCGCAGCCUCGAGAGCCUGCAUUACGCCGUCACUCAGGCCGUCUUCUGGACGUCUGUCAGCUUUCGACUCACAGGGACAACCAUAUCGACUGCUUCCGCAGGCUCGCAGCUGCUCUUGUCGUCCUUCGACCAGCUCUUCGGCUCGACCGAUUCUUCCCGAGCUGUUGCCAGCAUUGUCACGCUUAUCCGCCGCGAGUUUGAGAAUCCCGCAACGGGUCUGCAAGGAGAAAGAGUUGGUGUCAUUGACCUGACUCUUGCCCUCAGCACGCUGGCCUAUCUGCAACGAGCAUGCCGUAAGACGGUCGAAGAAGAGCGCCGGAGACAGUCAUGCGAAGAAGUCAUCUGGGAUGUGGUGGUCCUGGAAGACGGAGACAGAGUGGAUAUUGAUGAAAAGGUGUUGAGCGAGAUUCGCGGCGGCUACGGCCCCGGGGACAAGGACGAGAUUCCUUCGUCGCCCAUUGGCAGUUCAUGGACCGGCACCGAAGACGAUGAGGCUGUUGUAUCGCGCCUUAAGAGCCAGAUCAUGGCCUCCCUCACCCCGGGUACAACGGUGUCUGUGUCCAACUCUGUAUCUUCAGUGCAAACAAUCACUGUCGACGUCCAUGGGCCCCGGCUUCUCUCCUUACCAACACCGCCAGGAGCUGAAAUUGUUGAGACGAAAACUCUUCUGGCCUCCGGAAGCCAGCUACCAUACACAUCAUCGAAUCAGAGAGACCAAACCUCCACAACAUCCUACCGAGUCGUCUAUAAGUUGCACCGUCAGAAGAAGGAGACCUCGUCAUUUCCAGGCGACGAAGAAAUCAAAGACGACGCGCUCGAGAUCAUGUCUGACAACCAGAGCUGCAGCAGCGAAGAAACUCUUGCUCCAGGGACGCCUACGAUUACUCUUCCUGAGUACCAAUCUCCCCCCGUUUCGCCAAACUUGCUGCCGUCCUCGACGUUUGCGUUGCACUUACGGCCAUCUACAUCUACCGAAACCAAGCGGCGCCAUAAGUCACAUUCUCAUGAUUUCUCGAAGCCGACGCAGUCGAGCUCUCGCAAAAACAAUAGCGACUCAGCCAAGGCAGUUGCUUCUCGAACAUCCACGGCUGUCUCAAAAGAGCCGAUAUAUCUCGAAGAUCUGGAGGCCUUGGCCAAUCAAAAGAGGCAACGCACGCCGGUUCACAGCGCAAAAUCUCAAGAUAAAUCACAUAGGCAAGCUCACUCGGGGAGCCGAACUGAAGGAGGAGCUUCUUCCAGAUCAUCGGACAAGAAGACAGGCUUGCGGCAUGUCCUUCGAGGAAGCGGUCCGUCCAUCUCAUCCAUCUGGACAAAGGAGUCCGGCCCGAUGGACUAUGUCACCGCUAAAGACAAGUCAAAGCUUCACCUCAAGUCCUCUCAUAGGGACUCGAAAGAUGGACGACCAGGAUCUCCAAACAGCGACUUGGCAAUACGCUCGCCUCCCGAGCACCACAACAUCUACCUGGUGCCACCUUCUGUUGGCCACCGACGAAAUCGAUCGUAUGCCACCAGCAUCUAUAGCGUGGGAACCAACGACUCGCAGUCGUCUCUGAUGCUGUCGUCGUACUAUCAAAAGAGUGCCUAUAACACAGCAGACGCUCUCCGGGCUCUCCGCGAGGAAGGAUUCGUCGACGGCACCUUUCCCGAGGGCCACUUGCUCCCCAACAUCACUCGAUAUAUGCGUUUCUCAUCGGCGUGCUACGGCUCCAACUUCCUGAAACUUACCGGGAUAUCCAACGAAAUACCUAAAGUUGGCGCUUGGGACGGCACCCACCACGAUAUACAGCAUUUUCUUCACCACACCGAGUCACAAGCCGACAACAUACUGCUAGCUUCCUUUGUUGAUCCCAAUGGAGGCAGUGACUCUUCUGGUGCCACCGGGUCAGGUGUUCCCCUUGUCCAUUAUAUCUCGCUCGAUCACGCAGCCAAAGCAGUCGUGCUUGCUUGCCGAGGGACGCUAGGAUUCGAAGACGUCCUGGCUGAUCUGACUUGCGACUACGACAGGCUCGUUUGGAGAGGCAAGGGCUACAGAGUGCACAAGGGUAUCCACGCCUCUGCCAGGAGGCUGCUUUACGGUGGCGAUGGUCGCGUGCUGAUGACGCUCAAAGAGGCUCUGCGCGAGUUUCCCGACUAUGGGCUUGUUCUAUGCGGGCAUUCUCUGGGAGCCGGUGUCACAUCUCUACUGGGGAUCAUGCUGUCCGAACCCAAUCCUCUAGGCCCCGGAUUUGUCACUUCUGCCGAGCCAUAUACCCUCAGGCCUCCACCACACGAGGCUCUCGUCAACGUCAGGCUGAGCGACAUCCGGCCUCCGUCAGGCCGCCGCAUACAUGUGUAUGCGUACGGUCCACCCGCCGUCAUGUCGUCUUCCCUCCGCAAGAUUACUCGAGGCCUCAUUACCACAGUUGUUCAUGGCAAUGACUUGGUGCCUCACCUGUCCUUGGGCCUACUCCAUGACUUCCAGGGCGUUGCGCUUGCGUUUAAACAAGACGAGAACAAUACCAAAUCCGAGAUCCGGCAACAGAUCUGGAAUGCUCUUCAAGAUAAUGUCUCGGAGCGAUGGUAUUCUUAUCGCAGCGCGAGCAAGGUUGCGAGUAGCGGGGGCGUCAGUGAUGAGGAGAGAUGGAUGCUACCGGCCCUGGAGAACCUGAGGGCGGCCAUGAAGGGAAAAAAGCUGCUCCCACCAGGCGAGGUCUUUACCAUUGAGACGCAGCGAGUCCUUCGCAGAGAUGCGUUCCUUUUGUUGGACGAAGAGCAUAUUGGACGGCCUGCGCAGAGGAUUGUGCUAAAGUACAUUAAAGAUGUCGAGGGCCGCUUCGGAGAGGUGCGGUUUGGUACGAGUAUGUUGACGGAUCACAGCCCGGCAAAGUACGAGGAUGCUCUGAACAAGCUGAGGGUGGGAGUUUCUACAUGA